AUGGAAAUUCCGCACUUGGAGACGCGCUGGGACUACCGGCUCAGACGGCAGAGCUGCCUCGUCAACCUCUAUCCGCAUCCCACCACUUUGUCCAAGGCGUACGUCGAUCUGGUGAAGGCCUGGGGCUGGAAGAGUUUCACCAUUAUCUACGAGAACAACGAGGGGCUCGUGCGAUUGCAGGAACUUCUGAAAGCGCACGGACCCAGCGAAUUUCCCAUUACGGUUAGACAGCUGAGCGAGGGAUCGGAGUAUCGACCAUUGCUGAAACAAAUCAAGAAUUCUGCGGAGUCGCAUAUCGUGCUGGACUGCUCCACUGAGAGGAUCUACGAUGUGCUGAAACAGGCGCAACAGAUCGGAAUGAUGAGCGACUAUCACAGCUACCUCAUCACCUCACUGGACUUGCAUACCGUCGACUUAGAAGAAUUCAAGCACGGCGGGACCAAUAUCACUGCCUUCCGAUUAGUGGACCCGGAGAAGCCGGAAAUCCAGAAAGUGAUUCAGGACUGGAUCUACGGGGAGAAGCGCUACAAUCGUGAGCUCGAUAUGGGACAGAACAGUAACAAGAACAAUCUCACUACUAUAAAGAUCAGAGACACUGCACGUAUGUGCGAGUCGGAUCUGCGCAAUCCUUUCACAGCCCUCGUAAAAUAUGAUUUCGCCGCGAAAUCCCCGGUAAUUACAAGCAGUCACCCAGAAUUUCGUCCGCAAUUACACCACGUCGUUUUGGGAACGUACAAUAUGUGCACAGGGAAAGACGAGACAGAGUUCGGUUAUCGUGCGGUGCGUAAUUACUCGCGAAUCGCUUUACGAGCAAAUUAUUAUGAGAGAAUUUUCGUCUCAAAAUAUAAUUGCGUAUUAACGCAUCUUCAGUGUUCACGUGUAAUUGCGAAGUGUAACACCCGAGGUACGGUUGCCAGAUACCCGGUAGAGAUGACAGGGCUCACGGGUAUUAUCAAGUUCGAUCAUCAGGGAUUUCGCUCCGACUUCGUUCUAGACAUCAUCGAGCUGAAUAACAAAGAAGGCUUGAAGAAAAUCGGUACUUGGAACAGUACCAAAGGUAUCAACUUCACGAGGAGCUACGGCGACGUUUACACUCAAAUCGUUGAAAGCUUACAGAAUAAGACUUUCAUCGUGACGACUAUAUUGAGCGCGCCGUACUGUAUGCGGAAGGACUCGAGCGAGAAGCUCACCGGAAAUGCGCAAUUCGAAGGCUACAGCAUCGACUUGAUUUACGAGAUAUCGCGGCUGCUUGGAUUCAAUUAUACGUUCCGGCUGGUGCCGGACGGACGCUACGGCUCGUACAACACGCAAACGAAGGAAUGGGACGGAAUGAUGAAGGAGCUGCUCGAGCAAAAGGCCGAUCUCGCGAUCGGCGAUCUCACCAUCACGUACGAUCGGGCGCAGGUUGUGGACUUCACGACGCCGUUCAUGCCUCUAGGGAUCAGCAUACUUUACCGCAAACCCAUAAAGCAACCGCCGAAUUUGUUCUCGUUCCUCAGCCCUCUUAGCCUCGACGUUUGGAUCUACAUGGCAACGGCUUAUCUCGGGGUCUCCGUGCUCCUCUUUAUACUAGCCAGGUUCAGCCCCUACGAGUGGGAGAACCCCCAUCCGUGCAACGGGCAGUCCGAGGUCCUUGAGAACGAGUUCACCCUACUGAACUCGCUCUGGUUCACCAUAGGCUCGCUCAUGCAGCAAGGCUCCGAUAUAGCGCCGAAGGCCGUGUCGACUCGCAUGGUCGCCGGUAUGUGGUGGUUCUUCACGCUGAUCAUGAUCUCCUCUUAUACGGCUAAUCUCGCGGCUUUCCUCACCGUCGAGAGGAUGGAUUCCCCGAUCGAGAGCGCCGAGGAUCUCGCUAAGCAGACGAAGAUCAAAUACGGCGCGCUCAAAGGCGGCAGCACGGCGAGCUUCUUCAAGGAUUCCAAUUUCUCGACGUACCAACGCAUGUGGUCCUUCAUGGACUCGGCGAAGCCGUCGGUAUUUACGGUGAGUAACGUCGAGGGCGUGGAUCGAGUGAUCAAGGGGAAAGGCAGUUACGCGUUCCUGAUGGAAUCCACCUCCAUCGAAUACGUAAUCGAGAGGAACUGCGACCUUACUCAAGUCGGCGGUCUCUUGGACUCCAAGGGAUACGGCAUAGCCAUGCCGAGAAACUCGCCGUACAAGACGGCCAUAAGCGGGGCCAUCCUGAAGCUCCAGGAGGAAGGGAAGCUCCACAUGCUGAAGACGCGCUGGUGGAAGGAGAAACGAGGCGGCGGCUCCUGCAGGGACGACACCUCGAAGAGCAGCUCGGCGGCGAACGAGCUCGGCCUGGCGAACGUCGGCGGUGUCUUCGUGGUGCUGAUGGGCGGCAUGGGCGUCGCCUGCGUGAUCGCGGUCUGCGAGUUCGUGUGGAAGAGCCGGAAAGUGGCCAUCGAGGAGCGGAAGUCCGUGUACUCGGAAAUGGCGAGCGAAUUGCGAUACGCUUUGGACUGCGGCAACGGAAAUAAAAAGCCGUCGAGGAAGGCGCUUUGUCGACGUCAUGGGCAACAUUCAAGUCUGUCGAUCGUUUCGGAGGAGGGCAAGUACGCGGCAUGCAACAAGUACAGGCACUUCGUUGGAAAAGCACCCCUGACGUGAACAAAGGGACGUCCAGUCGAGGAAGGGCCGAAUGAUGAAUCUCUUUGCAAAGUUAAUUACUUCCUCACUCAUAUACGAAACAUACAUAUACGAUCGGUCAAUUCGAAAUACGAGCCGGAAAAUGAAAUCGCCGCAAAAAUAACAAGAAAAGAAUUAUAACAAAAACGUGACUUAUCGUCGGACAAUUGCAGCGAGAUUGAAUGUUGUCAAGUCAAACACUUUGAUACCGCAUCUCCUGAUGGCAAAAAAAGCAGGCGCCACUAAAAGCUCUUAGCACUAAGAGGAUGCUGUAAAUUCGUUGCGACGGGAAUUCGCGAUACGAUUUAGAGGAAAAUUGUGUAAAAAGAAACAGGGACUUAAUUCUAAUCGUGUACACGUCUGUCCUUUUUUACGAGCCACCGUUGAAUAAGAUAGUCCAUCGUAAAUCCAUCUAGACCCUCGUAAAAUCCGUUAGCGUCAUGCGAGGUGGAUGCAUGCGAGAAAACAAGCGAGUGAACAAGAGUCGCGUGGAAUGGAGUGUGGUUUCAUCGGCAUUAAAGAUGCACCGUCGUUAUCACGUAAAAUAUUUUAUUGAAACCAAUUCGAAUAUUGUCAUUCAUGUACACCUAGAAAAAAGAUUUGUUUAAGUUGAACAAAAAUGAGAUACGUUGAAAUCGUGUUUCUUUAAAUCUACU